CAGCAGCAUUUUCUCGCGGUUGCUCGUGGCGGCAAGUGCGUCGUUGUCAUCGUCGUCGUGUCCGCAUCGCGAUCGCGGCGUCCGUUUCGUCCGCAUCUCGUCCAUUAUUCGCGCCUCGUCUCCCGGCGUCUCCUUUCGCUCGCCGCGAGAUUUCCCGUAUCGCGUGAGUGUUCCACGUACGACCGGGACAAUGUCGUCGACGGUCAAGUGCGCGUCGGACGAGCAGCUGAGCGAAUCAUGGGUGGAGCUUGUGCCGGACCCGCCGUUAGCUGCCCGAAUAACGCCGACACCUUUCAGCGUCACCGGCGAACGCGAAUACCUGCGACUUCUCCGAGAAGCACAGAGAGAUUCCACACAUUCAUCGGCGAAGCAUUCCUUGGCGUCCUCGCGCCGGGAUACUCCAAGGGACAGCCCGAAGAGCCCGCCGAACAGCCCAAACACGGAACUGUCGACUGAAGAUGAACUCAAAGGCGUGUAUAUAAAUUACAACUGCAACAAGGAGGGCGAACUUUUAGAAAAGAACACGGAUUGGAUCUACGAGUGGAGCUCCCGACCGGACCAGGUGCCGCCAAAAGACUGGAAAUUUAAACAUCCCCUGGGCACUAAGAGGAAAACAUAUAGUAUUCGCACAGCAAAGGUGGGAAAGAACGGAUUGUUUUCCAAGGAGGUCAUUUACACUCUGUUCUUCACGAAUCUUUUGUCUCUGCUCAUCGGAACCGGUCUAGGCGUUCUGCUCACUAGGCGGGGCUUGAUGAUGUCCCGUGUCGCCAUUGAGUGAAGAAUAUGAUUCCCGGGGUGUGUCAGCAUCAGGAUUUGGUCACGGUUGAAUCUGGCACGCAGAGGAAGGCUAGAGAUGCAAGAAAGACUGAAUAAGCCGGUGGGCGAUCGAGCCUAAAAACAGUUACACGCAGCACAUAAUUCGAUUGUCCCGAUUUAUAAUAUUAGCACUUUGUAUUAUA